AUUACUGCCCGCCCUCCUCACUCACAGGGCCGCUCUGCCGCGCUGCGGGGGUGAAGCUGCGGUCUCGGCGGGCCGUGCGUGGACGUCGUAGGGCCGGGGGAGCAGCCGGGCCUUCCUGUGACGGCCAUUUCUUGCUCGCCCCGGGGCUGGCGGGGGGCGGUGGCGGGCUCGUUCCCUGACGGGCUCGGUGGGCAGCGAUGCGGGCCCCGGGCCCUGGCGGCAGGCGGCCCCCGCCGUGAAGAGCCGGGGGGCUGCGGCAGGCCGGGCCCUGGGCGGGGCGCAUGGAGGCGCCCCCCGCCCGCAGAGAGGUACCGCCCGGGGGGGGCAAACCCUGAGGGGGCUGCGGGGCCGCGGGGAUAACCGGCUGUCCCCCCCCUCCCCCCUCCGCGGUUUUGCAGGUGUGACCCCCGCUCCUCGCGCGGCCCUCGGAGCCCCCCACCCCCACCCCCCCGGCCUGAAGAAGAAUUGGGGCGCGGGGCCUUCGGCAGAGCAUCGCCCCCGGAGCUUUCUCAGCUGACUGCUGAGAGAUGAAGAAGUUCUUCGACUCGCGCCGGGAGCAGGGCGGCUCUGGGCCCGGGUCGGGCACCAGCGGCGGCGGCGGAGGCAGCGGAGGGCCCGGCAGCGGGUACAUCGGCAGAGUGUUCGGCAUCGGCCGCCGCCAGGUGACGGUGGACGAGGUGCUGGCGGAAGGUGGAUUUGCCAUAGUGUUUCUUGUGAGGACAAACAAUGGGAUGAAAUGUGCCCUGAAGCGGAUGUACGUCAAUAACGAGUACGACUUGCAAGUGUGCAAAAGAGAAAUCCAGAUCAUGCGAGAUCUAUCUGGCCACAAGAACAUUGUAGGAUACAUUGAUUCCAGUAUAAACUCAGUGAGCAGCGGUGAUGUGUGGGAAGUGCUGAUAUUAAUGGACUUCUGCCGAGGAGGACAGGUGGUGAACCUCAUGAACCAGCGCCUUCAGACGGGGUUCACAGAGAAUGAGGUCCUGCAGAUCUUCUGUGACACCUGUGAAGCUGUAGCGAGGCUGCAUCAGUGUAAAACACCAAUCAUCCACAGGGAUCUGAAGGUUGAAAAUAUCCUGCUACACGAUCGUGGCCACUACGUCCUCUGUGACUUUGGAAGCGCUACCAACAAAUUCCAGAACCCUCAAACAGAAGGGGUGAACGCGGUGGAGGAGGAGAUCAAGAAGUACACUACGCUGUCAUACAGAGCACCGGAAAUGGUCAACCUGUAUAGUGGCAAACUUAUUACUACAAAAGCAGACAUAUGGGCCCUCGGCUGUUUGCUGUACAAGCUGUGUUACUUCACUUUGCCAUUCGGGGAGAGUCAGGUGGCGAUCUGUGAUGGCAACUUCACCAUUCCAGAUAAUUCUCGGCAUUCACAGGACAUGCACUGCCUCAUCCGGUAUAUGCUUGAGCCAGACCCUGAUAAGAGGCCUGAUAUUUAUCAAGUCUCCUACUUUGCAUUCAAAUUGGCAAAGAAGGAAUGCCCAGUCCAGAAUGUCCAGAACUCUCCAAUCCCUGCUAAACUCCCAGACCCAGUCAAAGCAAGUGAAGCUGCAGCAAAGAAGAGUCAACCGAAGGCCAGGUUGACAGAUCCCAUUCCUACAACAGAAACUUCCAUAGCACCCCGCCAGAGACCUAAAGCAGGACAGACACAACCCAACCCUGGAAUCUUACCCAUUCAGCCGGCCCUGACACCUAGAAAGAGACCCACAGCCCAAGCAGCAAUUCAGCCUCAAGGGCCUGCUGCUCUGGGCAGUGGUCAGCCUUCGCUCCCUGCAAGUGUCCCCCAGCAAAAAGCAGCUCCGCAAACAACUUCAGCGCAGCCACAAGCCAAGCAGGUGCCAGCACCCCAGCAGGCAUCGCAGGCACAGCCCCAGGUCCCUUCUGCUCAGCCACAAGCCACACCUCAGCACCAACAGCAGCUUUUCUUGAAGCAGCAGUUACUGCAGCAGCAGCAGCAGCAGGCUGCAUAUUACCAGCAGCAGCAGGUGAUGCAAGCUCAGCAGUUCCCAGUGAUGCAGCAGGGAGCACCAGCGCAGCAGCAGCUGAUGCAAAACUACUACCAGCAGCAGCAACAACAGCAGCAGCAGAUGAUGGCCCAGCAGGCAGCGAUGCAGCAGAAGACAGCAGCAGCAGCAGCAGCAGCAGCAGUUCAGCAAAAGCAACAGGCUCCAGCAGCACCACAGCCCCAGGCCCAGCAAAGUGCAGCCCAGCCAACGCCGCAGCAGGAACAAGCGAUGCAGGCACAAAUAAGGCAACAGCAAAAACCUCAAACCACGCCACCUACAGCGGUUCAGGGGCAGAAGCUGGGUUCUCUCACCCCUCCGUCCUCCCCCAAGACGCAGCGUGCAGGACACAGGAGGAUUCUGAGUGAUGUGACCCACAGUGCUGUUUUUGGGGUUCCAGCCAGCAAGUCUACCCAGCUCCUGCAGGCAGCUGCUGCUGAAGCCAGUCUCAACAAGUCCAAGUCAGCUUCCACUACGCCCUCGGGUUCCCCACGGACCUCACAGCAGAACGUCUACAAUCCGCCCGAUGUCUCCACGUGGAAUCCAUUUGAUGAUGAUAACUUCUCCAAACUCACAGCUGAGGAGCUGCUGAACAAGGACUUUGCAAAGCUGAGUGAUGGGAAAGUUCCAGAAAAGAUGGGCAGUUCCACAGAGAACUUAAUUCCAGGUUUCCAGCCGGCUUCAUCUGCAGCCCAGGCAGAUGCAUUUGGUGGCUCCUCUUCCUUCGCUGCUGGAUCGGCUGAAAAAAUGAAAGAUAUUCUGAGUCUGGACACUAGCCCUCCUCUUCUGACUGUGCCUGAUCCUUUCAUUCCUCUCCCAUUAUCCGACACGCCAGAAAAACUGAUUGAGGGACUCAAAUCUCCUGAGACUGCGCUUCUGCUCCCUGAUAUCCUGCCUCUCGCUGACCCUUUCGGUAGCACAUCAGAUGCUGUGAAUGGAAAACCUGACGUAGCUGUUGAGAGCCUCAUACCGGGCCUUGAGGCUCCGUUGCCCCAAUGCCUCGUGUCCCAGACUGAGUCGGUUGCUUCCAACAGGACAGACUCUCUCACUGGGGAAGACUCUCUACUUGACUGUUCUCUGCUUUCUAACCCUGCUGCUGACCUCUUGGACGAGUUUGCUCCUGUGGCUUUCACGGCUCAGCCCCAUAAAGAAGAUACUAACCUGAUAGCAGGCUUUGAUGCUCCUGAGGGCUCUGAAAAAGUGACAGAAGAUGAGUUUGACCCAAUUCCAGUGUUGAUAUCCAAAAAUUCACAAGGUCUGCAGAGGGAUCCUGCCUUGUUUCCAGCUGUUCCUCUCGAUCUCUGCAAAGGCCCCGCUGGCAGCGAUGGACUUGCCUUGUACAAGACUCAGCCGGAGGUGAAAACACAGCCCAAUGCUGAGCCCGACUAUGCCGCACGCGACGGCCCUUCGAGCAACAGCUCCUUCUACAGCAGCGAAGGUGAGGGGACAGACCACGAAGGGGACAUUUUGGAUUGCAGUGGCUCCAGGCCUUUGCUGCUGGAUUCAGAAGAGGAGGAGGAAAGCUGCAGGCCGGGCGCAGGUUUCCUGCAGGCCGGACCCAGGGAGAGGAGGGAGGCUUCCAGGGAGCAGCAUCCCCACACGCAGGCCGCAGAGACGCCGUUCCCCGCCUUCCAGUUGCACUCUGGGGAGGUUUUUAACGAACCCGAUGUCUUUGCCACGGCUCCUUUCCGCAGCUCGAGGAAAGCGCCCGAUGAGGCGGAUGUUUUCACCAAAGCUCCUUUCAUCUCCAAGGGCAGUGCGGCUCUCCAACACCCGGAGGAAGCGGAUGUGUUCCUCAGAGCCCCAUUCACCAAAAAGAAGAGCAUGGAGGAGCUGUUGUCUCACAGCGCGCCCAAGGAACCGCUCGCGUUCCUCGGCCAAGCAGCCGACGUCCAGCACAGAACCACCCCUGCGUUCCAAAGCCUGGAUGCGGUGGUCUCUGGGCCCUCGGUGAGGCCGCAGUAUCCUUCAGCGGGCUUUUCUCUGCUGACCAACCUUCCUCCUUCUGCGAGAGCAGCGGAGGCCCAGGAGCACAGCCCUCCUCAAGGCAUGCAGCCAGAGCCCGGCGAGCGCAGCCCAGCCCAGGCCGGCCCUCAGGAAUGCACGCUGGGCCCGGUGGCCAACAGCCGGCCUUUCCGUCCGCAGGCCUUGUCCAAGUACUCCCGUCACUACAGCCCGGAAGAUGGGCCUGGUCUCGAUGUCCAACCCAUCGCUGCUUACAAAGUGGUUUCUCAGACCAACAGGCAGGCGAUAGCGGGCUCUGUCUCCGUUGCCCCGCUGGCUGCCAGGACUACGGAGCUGCCCGCCGCCGAUCCUUUUGCUUCAGCGCCAUUUCCUUCCAAAGCAGCAAAGCAAAAGCCUUAAUGUGCUGUGAGCUGGGGGUGUUCCCAGCAGAACGCCUCCCACAGGACCUUGAACCUCUUUGUUGAAUCGGAUGACAUAGCAAUAUAUAUGUAUAUUAUUAUUUUUCAGUCAGAACUCUAUUUGCAGUGAUAUAGUUGAACCAUUUUUAAGUUAUGUUAGCUAGUCGGAACGCCUGGCUCUCAGGAUCCUCAUAUCCUCUUCAGUUACUUCUUCCCUUCCUCCUCUCACUGCCUUCCCCAAGUUAUUUUGUCAGCAGUAUCCCAUACCUUCUGGCUCUGGCUAGGGAAAGGCACUACAAGGUAAAUUAGCUGGCGUAUUAAUUACAGAGCAAGUCAAGCGGGACUGGCUGGUGCUAUGGCAAAGAAGUGAUUUCACAGGUUCAGGGCUUUUUGAGAUUUUUCCCAUUAGCUGGGGCUUCUGGAGGACAGCAAGGUGACAUUUCCUGCUGCUGAUGGUGACUGGGAGCCUGGCAGCUCCGGGGUAUGUGCAUCACACAUGUGGUCGCUGGUUUUGUGCACACCAUGCAGGCAGCACCAGGUUCAUGCAGCGCAGAUGUGUGUGAUGCAUGAAGUAUGUCAGUGCCUUCCAUUGCUGAUCGUGCAGACACUCCAGGUGAGGAAUUAAAGCUGCAGGAAGGCGAUCUGUCGGGCCGUUACCAUUGCUGUUAUGUGGAAAAUUGAAAGAUCAAAACUGGGGGAUUUCCCAAAGUGCAGGAGCCAGAGAUCUGCUUUUAGUGUUGUAAAGGACAGAGCUGUGCAUUGUGACGUUAAAAAUACGUCCUGUGGAAAAGUGUAUUGUGAAGACAACUGGAUGGCUGUCCUGAUCUGCAUACCUCCUUUGGUGUCAUUUGGCCUUGGCUGCAAUCCGGUUCAGCUGGUGUAUGCCAGCAGAGAGCUUGGCUCUUGGUUUAUCAGUUCUACCUUUUCUCGGCUAAGAUGACCCCAAACAAAAUCUGUUCGCUCUCCUCUGCUGAUAUUUGGUGUAUUUCAGCUACUUUGUGCUUCCUGCCAUGUUCCCAAAGAGAAAGGCAGCUUGUUGCUGUUUGUUCUGCCUUUGGUGUAGUGAAUCCUUAUGCAGUGUUUGGUGGAAAAAUAGUGCUAUUUCAGGCCAGCAAAGGCUGUAAGUGUGGGCUGCUUUCCAAUUACCCAGAUGUUGGGGCUCACAGUCACUGUGUGGUGGUCCUGUCCAACAGGUGUUGGUGCUGCAGGAUAUCUCCCAAGAAAAGCGUUUGGUUUUCACUUUCAAGGGCUUGACAUCUGUGGAAGAAUCUCUGUUGACUCUGGUAGUUUCUACUGAAUCCCUUGGAAGCUUUGCAGUGUCUGUUUACCGAGGGAAUUUGAUCCUCAUCCUGAAAGCUGGAGCUUUGCACUGAGGCUUCAGGGCGGAAUUCCCUUUCGCUGCACACACUUUUGCUGGGUUAUUGCUGAUUUGGAGCCCAGCAGGAAGGGGAGGGUGGAAAAGCCCCAGCCAGCAGGAAGGACAAAUAGAGCCCCAAUCUCAGCUCCCCUCCAGCAUCUCUGGUUGCAAGAGGUGAGCCAAGUGCCACUGCUGGGCGUGCUCAGCCUUGGGAUUGCUGGAGGGCAGGGAGAAGCUGGGACGCCUGAGAGCAGGGAGGCUGUCAGGGUGUUGUUUUCCUGUGCUCCUUCACUGCUGUUAGUAGCAGUAAGUACUGUAGGGAGAUUUCUGGGUUCCCUGGAGAUGUGUCUUCAGCAAAGCUGAGGCUGUUGUUGAUGCUGUUUCAUUCUCAUUGGGUUUUCCAUUCAGGUAUAUCCCCAAAAGUGCAGGGUAUUGCUAGGUGUGAGUUCAAGGUAUUACCUCUGCUAACUGGAUUUAGGUUCUCCACUUUCCUUCGGUUUUUACUUGAAAAGUUGCCUUUGGAAUAAAUCUGUGAAACUUCUUACAAUGCCACAUCCGAGUCGCACUUAGGAAAAGAAAAAAUAAAAUGAAAUCUAACAUAGCUGGAGAUGCAUUCACCCACUGCCCAGCUCUUGCCCUUCAGACCUCACCGCCCUGCACUGCCACAGGAUGAAGGGACAAAGCGCAUUCAGGUCGAGUUGGGCUGGAUUUCCAGCUGGGAUUUUGGUAUUCCGCAAGCACUUUACGCAGAGCCCCAGAAGCUAACGAUCCUGCCAGCUUCAAUGGUUUUACGUGUAUUUCUGGGGGUAGGGGCAGCAGCUUGUUUGCAUCUCUGCCUGUGACUUAUGAAGGAAUGGGACUUCUGGUUGUGGUCAGAAAAUUGAAUUUCAAUACCAAUUAGUCUGUAUAACGGUCUAGUUUCCGACUUCCUAAUUCUGCAUGGCCAGUACAGCAGCUUCAGCAUGAUAAAUUAUAAGCCGAAAUUUCACUUCUGUAUGAUGUGAAGCUGUUUCUAGUGAACGUGGAAUGAUAGUGCUUAUAGUUUUCUUUGCCACCUUGCUGGUGCUGUUAAUGAAAUGAGCCUGGUAUGGCCUAAACGCAGCAUUUUGGAGUCAGUUCUCUGAGCAGAACCAGUGGUUUCACCUGCCUAAAGCUGUAGCACAUCCUGCCCUGGGUCCCCAGAACACGCCUCGGUCCUGUGACAAUCACAGACACGGUCCUUACCCAUUGCCAACUGAACGUCAGUGAUGCGCUUAGAGACAUCAAUCACAGCAUCUGCAUGCAAAAAGGAAAAGGAAGAAGCAUCGUGCUGGGCUCCCCGUGCCUCACUGCCACAUCUGCACGAGGGCACGGACCGGGACUGCUCCUGACCUCCCCUAUGGGAACGGUGUGCGCGGAGCUCGCCCAUCGCGUCAGCAAUCAUCCAUGCUCAGUCAGGCACGGCCGAGCGAGAUCCGUUUAAUUGCUGAACUCUCAAUCACUCCAAAGUGAGAAUCGGUUACUUUAACUCAGCUUCCACCAAAGACUCUUGUGUUGGGGAGUUGAAUUUUUGUUUCUUUUUUUUUUCUUUGUGUGUGUGUGUGUGUGUGUGUGAGUGUGUGUUCACGGUGUUAAUUUAAGGCCUUUCCGUGCACCGAAAGACUCCAAAGCGUUCUUACAGCAGGUAUCUUGACGGUGAAAUCUCGUUCCGCUUCUGAAACACAUUCCUGAAACCCAAUCCCUUGUGUCAGUAUUCCUAAAAAUAUGCCACGGCUCGAAGUUUCCACUGACCGCCGUGAUGUUUUCCUCUGGGGGCUGGCGAUGUCCUGGGGUCCCCUGUCCCCAUUCCAGGGCUUGGAGGUGUCCUGGGGUCCCCUGGUCCCAUCCUGGGACUGGUGAUGGGCAGGGGAUCCCCUGUCCUCAUCCUGGGGCUUGGUGAUGGGUGGGGGUCCCCUGUCCCCAUCCUGGGGGUCUCCUGCUCUCCUCCUGGCCCUGGUGGUGCCCGGGGUCUCCGAUCUGUAGGGCCGUGGCAAUACCUCUGGCUGCAAAUGGACGGAGUUGUGUCGCGCUCCGGGCGUGAUGUCUGUGUUCCCGGUAAUCACUAUGAAGAAACGUUCGAGCUGUAAACUCGUGUACAUUUAUUAAAGCUGUACCUGAUUACA